CUUAUAGUCUCAAUCUCUAAUUAGCGAAAUACUUCUAAUAUGCUGUAUGAUAAUGAUUUUUAUUAAAAUAUAAAAGCUCCUCUGCGAAUUGUUGAGGUCACACUCAAGUCUUUCUGAAGAUAUUCAUCACUUCUAGUAACGGACGGUUGUUAAAAUGAGAGGAUUCACAGUUCUGUUCAUGCUAAUUGCAUCAGUCUUGGUACUGUUGUCUAGCGUUGCAUCGCAACCACCACCAGUUGAACCUGAACCACCCACUGAACCACCAACUGAACCACCAACUGGACCACCAACUGAACCACCAACUGAACCUCCAACUGGACCACCAACUGGACCACCAACUCCAUCACCAGAACCUACACCAGAACCUACACCUCGACCAAGAUGCCUUGCAAACGGAAGUCGGUGCAGAAGUGACGGAAGGUGGGGCAAUUGCUGCUCAAGAUUCUGCUUCGUUGCUCGCGGACAACGUGUUGGUGUUUGCCGUCGUCGUCGUAAUAAUUAUUGACAACAAAUGUAAACCUUGUCACAUCUUCAUAAAAAUAAUAAACUUUUUUUGAAUUACUCUCAA